AUGUCUCGACCAGUUGAUUAUAUUAUUGCUGGACUUGGAAAUCCAGAACCAGAGUACGCAAACACACGCCACAACGCCGGGUAUAUAUUUAUUGACUACCUUGCAAACGUAAUGACACUUACCCAAGGAGAAGUUCAAAAUCCUCCUGUAUUUUAUCGACGGAUUGAUUUGUCAGCUGAUGUACGAGAUACAAUAUUUAACAUAACGAAUGAAACUGGAACUUCCAUAGGGUCGAAUUCCAUAAGAGUGAUUUUAAUGAAACCUCUCAUUGCAAUGAAUGAAUCAGGAUUAGCAAUACAAAAAGUGAUGAGAAAUUAUAACUUUACUAAUCUUAAAAAGUUAAUUGUGGUUGCUGAUGAUUUGAACACACUUCCGGGAAUAUUGAUGAUUCAAGGUGGAGGUGAUUUGGCAGCUAUGAAAGGUCAUAAAGGACUUGAAAAUAUUGUAUCAAAAAUUGAUUCAAUUUCAAUUACACAAUGGGUAUUGGGUCAAUUCUCAAAAGAAAAUCGAGAAAUGGAUCUCUUUGGUCAUCUUCUCCAAUUAACCACUCAAGCAUUAAAAGAUUAUAACAUUCAUCAAGAUCUAAAACGAGUCAAGAAAAAAUAUGCGCAGGCAAAAAAGUUACCGAAUAAAUUGAAUGAAAUGAAUAGUUUGAUUUUUCCUGUUGAUGUUCAUGGAGUUUAA